AUGGCCGUCGACUCGCAGCGCGAGGAAAUCCCUCGUAUAUCCGUCGAGACCCUCGACGACUGGCGGCGCAUCAAGAGAAACUACACCAUCGCCGCCCUCACCGCCCUCGACGAGCAACUCUCUGGCAACGGUUCCGCAGAAGACCGCCAAGUGCUUCUUGCGCAUCUUCAUCGUUUCAUUGAUAGAACGUUCGAAAUGGCACGACGAAACGUGCGCGUGAACGGCCAGAACCUGGAGGAUCUGAACGAGGAUGAAGUCGACACAGAGCCAUUUGAUGAGGGCUUUGACCGGCACAUCUGGUCUCUGUCCGACCAAAGCCUCCGAUGGGACCUGCAAAUAGCCCGCGAACGACGUACAAGACCGGAAGAGAUCGAGAAACAGAUGCGCGACCUCCUCGCAGCUCAGAAGGAGCUCGAUGCGGAAGAGGCUGCGGCGUUGGAGGACGUCCAAGAUGAAGAAACGAUGGUGCAGGACGAUAUUCCUCCUGAUGCAUAUGCGCGCAUCGACGAGGUCGCAUCUCAAACGUUCGCCCUGGUGGAGGAAUUGAAGCAGGCUGUGCCAGUACAGCUAGAACGUUCCGAACGCGUCAAGACCGUUGCAGAAGAGAUCAAAUCGUUGAAGUUGUAG